UCGCCAUUUUGAUCACAAUAUUCAAAUGAGAAUUUGGCUUUUUUGCAAGCUUUUAAAGGAAUAGAAGCGAAAAGUGUGUCAGUAUUGUUUCAAUGCAGAAAUGUCAUCAACUCCAAGCAAUAAACAAGUCAGACACGUGUCAACUGUCACUCGACAACGAGUAAUUUGACGUUUGACGCAGCGCCACCAUCGCUAGUUGACCUGGCGAAUGGACUCUCGCGCAGCUGCCCCCUGUAGUUGCCAGGCAACCAAGUUGCUGGUUUGAUCGAUGUCACUGUCAGUCGCGCACAACAAGCAAGAUGUUCUGGGGGCUAACGCCUGCCGUCGAUCUAUGCCAGAUGUACCUGGACUGUUCCGCCCAGCUGCCGGCGGAGCUAAACAUCCUCUUAGUGGGGGCCACCGACUGUCGGCAUGUGCUCCAAACGGUCGCGCGGCGCUACAGACACCAACCGCUGCAGCUGAACUUCCACCUGGUGGAGGGUUGCAUGGAGACGGUCGCCCGCCAACUUCUGAUCCUGCUGACAGCGCUGCAGCCGCAGCUGGGGCUGGAUCAGAAGACGCGCCUCCUGAUGGAGCUCUACGGCAAUACGGUGCUCAGACCGUUCAGUGCCAACUACCUGGUCAAUGCCGCCCGCGACUUGCUGGAAAUGGUGGCCGACUGCGAUUAUCUUCGCCGGAAAAUUCCCAUGGUUUCCUUAGGGUUGAAAUAUCGCGAUCGUGACUAUUUGGAAAAUUUGCUAAAAUUCUGGGCGGGGCCGCAGGAGUUCAACGUGCUGGAGAUGUGGGACAGGCGGCUGCGCAACUGCCUAGCAACCAGGUACGACUCGAAGGUGGGCGUGUUCGACUGGGACUUGCACAUGCGACUGCGCCGGGUGGGGGCAGGGCAGGUGUGCGACCAGGAGUACCGAUCGUUCCGCCUCCACGGGCUGGCCUUCUCCUGGUUGGAGAGCGCAAUGUCGCGGCCCAAUCGCAGCCUAGUGGGCGGGGUCAUGUCCAACGCCCACUUCGGUUACCUAGGAGACAUGGAGACUGGGCCCUUCAUUGGCUACGGGCUGGAGUGCGAGGAUGCCGCCUUCCUCAAGUCCACCAAUGGGCAGAACGCCUUCCGGUCUACCGACGUAACGGAGCGGAACUUGAAGCAAAUCCUGUUCGAAAUCGAGCACCAGGAGCCCUAUCGGCACAUCAACACGGACGAGCGCCAACUGGGGGGCACCAGGCUCCGGCAGGACACGCUCAUAGUGGACCCCCGCGCCUUGGAAGUGACCCCAAAUGCCCCCCAGCCGUGUCUAGCGCUCCCCAACGUUUCCGUCCGCUUCCUGCCCACAUCCAGCCUGGCUCGCAUGCGCCAUCAGGACCAAUACAAGCAGUUCUUCGACCUGGUGUACUUUGCGCAAAACCAUCUGGACCAUCUGGAUGAAGAACUGGUGGGCCGAGUGGCGAAGAGGCUGAUCGUGGUGGAACAUCAGCUCUUCGUCGUCAAGCACCGGAAGGCGCAGCUGGAAGAAUACGCGCAAAUCAUCAGGACGAAGAUCGCCGGUUUGGACGCGCAAGAGCUGCCGUUUGACGUGGAAAAGGACAGCUAUAUGCGGUUUGUGCUCGGGAGCGAGUAAGACACCAAUGUGAACUGUUAAUGAUUAUACAGCGUUUAAUUCAUAAAUACAGUGGCGUAACUAGUAAA